AUAGUGUUAUUCAAUUAGUAUUUCCAUUAAGUUUUUCCAUGAAAUACAAUGGUAGUUGUUACUGAGAAUUAUUUCUUCAUGUAUACUACAAACACUAUACAUCACUCUCUUGGGUGCGCCCCUUCCUUAGACCCUGCUUGAACGUUGGACUGCCUUGUGCACCGGGAUGCCCUUUUUAUUAGAAUAUAGAUACCACCUGUAGUUGUCAAGGUGAGUAAACCUAUGCUUAAUCACCUAAUUUGACAUUCAAAUUUACUUACAAAACAAAAAGCGACGAAUUGUUUUUCUUGAAAGAAAUCAGUGCUUAUUUUCUUGUCCAGUACCACGUGCAGUUCUUUAUCAUACGUAUGCCCCUUUUAAUUCAUUUUCUAAUGUGUUAGAAAAAGAAAACGGAGCUAAAGGUCUCCUUUAACUGAGUUUUAGCUGCAGAAAUAGACAAUGCUGAUGCUGAAAUUUUUCUUGUUCUGUUUCUGGCAGUUAUUCUCAAGAAUCUGUUAGGAAAAUUUAGAUAGACGAGUAAAAUGCAAACUGCUCUGGAUCCGUUCGAGUACAACUGGUGCACAUGGAAUGAGAGUGCAACGAGUUUUCAACAGGAGCCUGAACAGGUUGUAGCUGCUGCAUCCGUUUAUUUUGCAUCAGAGCAGGAAGCAAUAGGAGUGGAACAAUUAUUAGCAGAACCUGAGUAUGAUGAUAUAGUUAAUACUCUUCUAGAUUUUAACACAUGUGCAUUCAGUGGUGUUCCCGAGAGCUACUUUAAGGAGUUUUCAGCUCGGAUACCAUCUUAACAAAAACUGAUUGUGGUGCACUUCAAAGAAGUCAUAAUGAAGGGGAUAAAACAAAGGAGAAGUUUCUUGAUGGUUUGUCAAACGGAGAUGAUGAAAAUCAUUGCUUCAUUUCAUGUGAAGAUUAUCUUUUGGAUUUAUUAGAUAUUGAACUUGAGGAAGACACUCCCACCCUCCAUGAUGUCACGAGAGAUAUAUCCUGUGUAGAGAGUGUGAUUUUGGAGAACCAGCUUGUUGAUUCAGACGGAAGAAACUGUGGCAUUCAUGUGUUAACGUUAUCUGGUGCAAGUUCCUCAUCUGAUCACGAUGCGACGAUAAUAGACAAUUUUGAUUGCAUGUCAACUGAUAAACUACUCAUGGUGUCCAGGGAGAUGUUGGGGCAUAUAACUCCAGUUGCGGAUAACCAAUGGCUGAAACCCCACAUGAUAGUUGGCUUGGAAAACCAGGAGAUAUCAGAAAAGAAUUUCAGUUUUCCAAAAUGCUCUCUUGAUUCGAGUGAAAACCAAGGGGCAAAUGUCCCGCCAGCAAGUUGCCGAAAUCUUCUUACAGUAUCUACUGCCUUUGCUAGUAUAUUUACUUUCAGAAGAAAGCCAAGAGUUCAACACGUGAAAAGGAGAGAACAUAUUCAAUGGAAUUCCUUCAAAUGCUUAUCUUCUGUAGCAGGUGAAAUACAGCUCGAUUGCCCGGAUAAGUGGGAUAGCAAGGAGUCGGCUGAAGAAAAUGUAAAAUGUUGUGGAAUGAAACCAGGAAUAUCUGAACAGUGUCUAAAAUGUAAACCUUCGCGAAGAGGAUUUGGUCGGCGAUAUUACCGCAGAGGAGCCACAGUAACAUCACAAGGUCUUGGUAAAAGAAAUUUUCAAGUUGGAUUUGUCCAAAAUCCACAGGGUCUGCCCGCUGAGGAUCAGCUUAUCAGGAGGGAGAGACAAUUAUCCAAAGAUUGCAAGGCGAACAGAGCCCAUGACGACGACAUCCAUUCUGCUGAGGCACAAAAUGAUCCUUCUGGCACUCUUUCUGACCAGUCUAGUGAUGAUACAUCUGAAGAUGAUUGGACUAUAGGUUGUGAGACCCGAGGCACUAACAAGGACAGAAAACACAGGAAGUAUUGGUCAACACGUGAGGUCCUAAAGUUGGUUGAGGGUGUUUCCGAGUAUGGUGUUGGCAGAUGGAAUGACAUAAAGAAAAUGUUUUUUCAAUCAUCAAUGCGUCGUAGUCCAGUUGAUCUGAAGGUUGAUGCAAAGAAGAAGCGCCGCAUGCGCUCGAUUCCUCGGACAGUGUUAAACCAUGUUCGAAAUCUUGCUGUCAUCUAUCCAUAUUCGAGGCAACGUAGAUCAAGAAUCUCAUCAACUGAAUCCCUCGCUUCUUCUUCGAACGUGAAGUGUGAUAACCAUUAACCACUGCUUGCCUAUGAAUGAGCAGAACACAUUGAAUCUCAUAUAUUAGAUACUAAGGUUACUUAGAAGGAUAUCAUAUACAUUUGACGACAAAUUCUUAAAGAGUAGUGUAUAUUUUUGCAAGAAGUAAAUUCUAAACUUGUACAAGUUCAA